GAAGAAGAAGGCCCGAAGGAGGCCUCCUCGCUGCGCCGAAUGCCCAAACGCACACAGGCGCCGCCUGUUCGCUGUCCUGUCCUCCGCCGGCCGCCGCCCUUCACCGGAGCGCUGUGCCCCCCACGCCGUCCUGCCCGGUCUGCCCCCGCCGCUUCGCACAACCGUGCCCUGCCGCCGUUCCCCGGCCCCUCGGCAGCCCGCCUUCGCGCCGGUCAUUUUUGGCCCCGUCCGCCGGGCUCCUGCCGCUGUGCGGCCUGCGCCUGGUACAAGGACUGCCGCCCUGCUCCCGCCGACCAGGCGCUGACGCCCGACGCCGAGGAACGCCGGGUAGGGAUCGCUGCUCGCUCCCGUUUCCGCUGGGUAAUUUCUAAUUACCUCUCGAGCAGUGUAUUUUUGUUAUCGAUUUGUCAAGUUAAGUUGAUGGAUUUUGCUACGAAUUCACCCGCUAUUAUUUCUAGUAUUUGUCAUGUUUUAUGUACGUACUUUGUUGGAUAGUUGAGCAUUGAGUUCAAAUUCUACAUCCAUCCACGACCUAGACAUGGCAGCUACGCGUCCGGAGGGUUCGGCGGAGGAGCAUCGGAUGCGGGCGGCGCUGCGCCACCUGCAGGCGGAGGCCGGAGUGCUCGAGCGCCUGGUCUACAAGCACAGGAACCAGCACCGCGGUGCCGCCUACUUCCAGUACCUCCUCAAGGUGCGGAGGGACGAGAAGCUGCUGCUCGGCGCCAAUCUCAUGGAGGUCAUCAGCGCGGUGUUCCCGGUCAUCACCUGUCGUAAGCCAGCCAACACUAUUCUUGUUCCGAACAGGCAGGGUAAGAGGAAGCCUGGUGCAAACCAUUGCCAAUAUAAGAGGCUUUUGGGGGUUGCCCGUUUGCUGUCCCAGUUGGCUGAACCUGUUAUGAAGGGAGCAGUCCAGAUCAGCUUUUUACUUGCUAGAUCUUUUUUCGUAGAACUUUGCACUGCAGUGCUUGCUUUGCUUGCACGAGUGAGGGUCCUGACUCAACAGAUGUUACUUGAUGUUGUAUCAGUAUACAACAAGGUUACUGAUCUUACGGAUAAAAAGCAGUCUGUUAAGAUCAGUAUUGGUAAAGUGCAGGCUUUCAGAGAGUACUACCCCUCGAGUAACAAUCCCAGUACUAUACUGGAGUGUGUAUGGGUAAAAGAUAAAUUUGUUUUGCAUGAAAAGACAAAAGCUAGCAGUCAGAAAACCCAAGGUGAGGAUCUGAAGUCAUGCACUCCAGAUUCAUCAAUCCAGUAUGAGACCCUUGGAUUUGUUAGUGAAGAGAUGGAAAGCCUUGAUGGAGCGAACACCCCAGCCAAGCAACAACAUGAUGCUUCUCUGGCUGACCAACCAGAUAAAGCCACCCAUUGCGGCGAUGCUGGAGAUUCUCACAGCGGGAGGCAACUACCAGAUGAUCAAAACACUCCGGGUUCUCUUCUUGGCACGCCCACUGCUGCGCCGACUCCACGCAGAGAUGUCAAGCCUGAUACGAGGAAGAGAGUGGCAUUCAUCGCGGUGGGGAAAACAAAAGUCACCGUGACACCGCCUGAAACAUCAUCAUCCGUAGUUGCCAAGAAGCAAAGAGUGGACACGAUUCCACAGACCGCUGCAGAUCCCGCUUUGUAACUCUGAAAGAAUGACCGGGUCGGCCUGAUCAAUGUGUUCUCGAUGCUUUGUUGCAUUCUUACCGCA